AUGUUCGUUCCCCUGCCGGUGCCGUUAGUGCUGCAGAGAGCUGCUCCCGACCUCUGGCGGCUCAAAGCCCCGCUGCCUCUGCGCUCCACACACGAUAUCAGGAUGAAUAAAGCAGUUGAUGAUGAGAAGACUGAAGCUGACUUUCCUGCAGACAGCACAGAUUCGAAGAAGAACAGUCCCAAGUCUAAUGAUCAGACCCAGCCAAUGAAAACAAGCCCAUUCUGCUUCUCUCCUGCCCCAAGCCACACCAAGGUUAAAGCAGGAGAAGUCCCCGAGCUCAGUUCCCAUGCUCCACCUCCUCCAGCUCAGCCUCCUCUACCACAUACGCAGCUCAUGUUGGCUGGCAGUCAGCUAGCAGGGGACAUUCAGCAGCUGUUGCAGCUGCAGCAGUUGGUGCUGAUGCCAAGUCACCCUCUGCAGUCUCAUGCCCAGUUCCUCUUGCCCCAGGCACAAGCCCAGCAGAGCCCACAGGGUCUGCUUUCAACACAAAAUUUGAUUUCACUACCUCAGCAAAGCCCUGGAUCUCUCCUGACCACUCCACCCAGACUGAGCAUGCAAACUCAGAAGGGAAGGGACAGCAGCAUGACACCAUCAGCAGCUGCACCCAUGAGCUUGGCUGCCACAGUAACCUCACACGGUGAGGAGCCGAGUGACCUGGAGGAGCUGGAGCAGUUUGCUCGCACCUUCAAACAAAGGAGGAUUAAACUUGGCUUCACCCAGGGUGAUGUGGGAAUGGCCAUGGGGAAGCUGUAUGGUAAUGACUUCAGUCAGACCACCAUCUCACGCUUUGAGGCGCUCAACCUCAGCUUCAAGAAUAUGUGCAAGCUCAAACCCCUGCUGGAGAAAUGGCUGAGUGAUGCAGAAACCAUGGCAAUAGACAGCAUGCUGCCCAGUCCCGGCUCGCUGUCCUCUCCGAUGCUAGGCUUUGAGGGGUUGCCUGGACGACGCAGGAAGAAACGCACCAGCAUUGAGACAAACGUCCGCGUUGCUCUGGAGCGUAACUUCAUCACAAACCAGAAGCCUACCUCAGAGGAGAUCCUUCUGAUGGCCGAGCAGCUCAACAUGGAAAAGGAGGUGAUCCGUGUCUGGUUCUGCAACCGCCGGCAGAAAGAGAAACGCAUCAACCCCUCAAGCACCACCCCUCCCCUGCCCAGCCAGCCCCCCCCUGCAACACACAAACCCCCCUGCUACAGUUCACACAUGAUGUCCAGUCAGGGACUAGUUCAGGCAACCACAUCAAAUCUCAAUGUGACAGGUAAAAGCCCAACUUUGACAUUUUCAAAAUUGCUGUUAUCUGACACAAAUCUUAUUCUGUCAGAUUUAUUCUCUCUAAUUUUCUCUCCGUAGCUGUUAGUCCCACCCCCUCUGUGGCCUGCCCUCCUAACCCUAUUGGCCAUGCAUCAAUGAGCUCUGCCCCACCAUCAGUGACUUCCCCUACUCUCAGCACAGCUAGCCCCAGCCCGACUGGGUAAGUACAUAACACUCAUGUCUUCAGAUUAUUUCCAUUUCCGUUCAUCAUUUUGGUUUUUAUCCAAAGUGACCUACAGUUGGCCUAAGCACUAUGGAUAUACACUUGCUCCUUGCUUUCUUAGUGGUUUCAUAGUCUUAUUUAUACAGGUUUAUUUGAACCCCAUUGAGAUGAUGAGGUUUAAGAAGUUUAAAAAACACCUGUGACACGAGCCAGACAGAAGCAGGUAGUGUUGGGUCCAAGGGGCCAAGCUGGACUCAAGUCCAAGUCCUUAAUAUCCGAGUCCAAGUCUAGUCUGACUGAGUCCAGAAAGAAAAUAAAUUGAAAGAAGAUUUGAAAUUGCAAUUGUAAACUCAACACUAUUACACAAUUUACACGAGUGCGUGAUAAGUUUGAGUUCGUUCAUAAUUGGACUCAAGUCCAAGUCCGGAAUCAAGUACCCCAACUCUAGAAGCAGGUUUUUCCUCCAAGAAGCAAGAUUAGAUUCUCAUUAUAAAUAUACACUGAGGAAAAAUAAGUAUUCUGACUUUUUGUUAUUUAAUAUAUUUCAAGUAUAUACAGUACUGUGCAAA